AUGCAUUCUCCUUGUUUCCAUGUAGCUAUAGUUGGUGCUGGCCUGGGAGGGCUGGCUGCUGCCAUUGGUAUCGCUCGAGCUGGCCACAAGGUCACUGUCUUGGAGCAGCAGGCAGACGUUCAAGAGGUUGGUGCGGGCAUACAGGUCCCUCCCAAUGCUUCGUACAUUCUCCAGAAAUGGGGGCUCCUACCCGAGGCAGAACAAGCGGCCGUUCGACCGAGGGACUUCAUUGUUAGAUCAUACCGAACUGGCAAAGUGCUUUGUGUUCAGAAUGCUUUUCCCUAUACCUUUGAACGCUAUGGCAUGCCGUACCUACAUAUCCACCGGGCAGACUACCACCGCAUCCUCCUCCGCGAGGCAAACAGACUUGGAGUUGAUAUACGUCUAGAUAGCACCGUCAUUGGCAUCGAUUUUGACUCUCCUGCUGUCCGCUUGCUGGACAAGCCAGAUUUUCACGCUGAUGUAGUCAUUGGUGCUGACGGUCUUCGGUCCGUCUGCCGCCAGGCCCUGCUCGGCCACGCUGAUCCUCCCCAAACGACCGGAGACAUGGCCUAUCGUAUCAUUGUGCGAGGAGAGGAUAUCAAGCGCGAUCCAAAUCUCGCUGAACUGGCUGAGAGACCCGGUAUGACCCACUGGAUUGGCCCGAAUGGGCAUGCCGUGUGCUACUCCCUCAAGGGCGGGGAGCUAUUGAACCUCGUCCUCGUCUGCCCGGAUGAUCUGCCGGAUACCGUGAAUCUUGCCGAUGCGGACCCCAACGAGAUGAGAGCUUUCUUUCAUAACUGGGACCCGCGGCUAAAGUCUCUGCUUGACCUGGUCAAGACAGCCCAGAAGUGGCGGCUACGGAAUAGCGGAGAGAUGGGCUCCUGGUCCCAUCCAAGUGGGAAGUUUGUCUUGCUUGGUGAUGCCUGCCACGCCACUCUGCCGUACCUCGCCCAAGGAGCUGCCCAGGCUAUAGAAGACGGCGCUGCACUCGGCACCCUAUUCAAGCGAGUCAAACACCGUUCCCAGCUGCGUGAUCUUCUGGCCGUAUAUGAAGCCACGCGCAAAGAACGCACCUCCAGGAUUGUACAGAGCAGCGCCGCGCUGCGAGAUAUCCUGCACAUGCGAGACGGUCCCGGCCAGCGCAACAGGGACAUCAAGCUUCACCAGCGGAGCCCCUUUGAGCCGUAUCCUAUUCCGUGGAUCGAUCCCAAGUUCCAGGCCUAUCUCUUCGGCUAUGAUGCUUUUUCCGAAGCAUCUAAGGCUUGGGAUAGGUAUAUGGAUGGCGAAGACACCACGUCAAAACCAAGAAUUCAUGCCCAUCUAUAA